UAACGGUCUCGCCCUUUUUAGCCCAGACCCUUAGAUGAUUUCCAUACCGAGAAGUUAUCGGACACGUUCCCCUGUCUAUCAAUAACCUCCUGGGGAUCAAGCCAAUUUAUGAGUGGCCAGGAGCUGCACGUGAUUCCAUUUAAACAUUCCAUAUUUGGGCAUUACACGUCGUAUCAAGAAAAAAAAAGAAAAUGAUUUCCUCCACCUAUAAAUCCUGCUGUUUUUUUUUAGUACAAACCUGACGUCCUCUAGAAAUACAAAUAAAGCCCAAUAAACAAAUAAAACUUCUAAACAACUUAUGUAUACUUUAUUAGCUGGUUCUAUCUCUGCUCUGACCGAGUGCUUUUUGUGAGUCUCUCCAAGGUUACAUUGUUUUGGAAAUAGAAUGAGCUCAUACGUUGGAAAGUCGUUUUCUAAGCAAACGCAAGACGCCUCUUCUUGUAGAAUGCACACUUUUGACAACUAUGGAGCUCAUUCUGAGUUCCACGAGUCCAAUUACGCGUACGAAGGACUUGAUCUCGACGGAUCGUUCAGUUCUCAAAUCCCCUCCAACUCUUUGAAACGGGAGGCGAUAAACACAACCGACAGUGCAAGGAGCAGUGCAGCAGUUCAGCGAACACAGUCCUGUUCAGCUCUGGGCUCUCGUAGCUUUGUAAGCACUCACGGGUACAACCCCCUCAGUCACGGACUGUUGAGCCAAAAAGCCGAGGGGAAUAUGGAAGUUAUGGAGAAGCCCAGCGGCAAGAGCCGAACAGACGAUGUCAAAAUGGAGACUACUUCAGCGAUAAAACAACAAACUAAUUCGACUCAGCGUCAGAACCAGUCGCAGCCGCAGAUAUAUCCGUGGAUGACAAAGCUACACAUGAGCCACGAAUCUGAUGGUAAAAGGUCACGAACCAGUUACACCCGGUACCAGACACUGGAGUUGGAGAAAGAAUUCCAUUUCAACCGAUACCUCACACGUCGCAGACGUAUCGAGAUUGCCAAUAACCUCUGCUUGAACGAGCGCCAAAUUAAAAUUUGGUUCCAGAACCGUCGCAUGAAGUGGAAGAAGGACUCAAAGUUGAAAGUGAAAGGAGGACUAUAAUAACUUGGUGUACGGCCUCAGCUUGAAAAUAAAGGCAGUGUUAAGUUGUACUGAAACAACAAACGAUUUAAAAUAGAUUUUCUUGUUGACAACAGUUGAUGUCUUUCAUUUGUCUACAAUAUCAUGUUGUUAUGUGAAUAUGUCCAUAUCUUCAAUAUUUAUUGAUAGUGCUCCCUCCUCAGAGCGCGGGAGGUGCUUAUUUGAAUAAUGUAUGAGCUUAAACUUUAUUUGAAUAUGCUUUACUAAAAUCACUUGUAUCUGUAACUUACAUAAUAUACCAAGGCCUGCAUCCAGUUACGUUGACUUAAAUGUAAGUGCAAAUAAUGUGGUGCUUUGCUUGAACAUUCAUCAAUUUGACAAUUGCAUUUUGAUGGGACUUGUCUUUUAUCCAUUGUACGUUCUGUCGUUAAUACAACUAUAAUAUCAACACAAGGAUGGUAAACCGCACGUGAUGACAAUGCAACACAUAAAGUGUCAUAUUAAUCCCUGUGUAUCAUGUUGUCUGUCAGCCAGCAGCCAAAUGGUAAUUUUCUCUUGACGAUUAUGUCUGUUUAAAUACUGUGCAAUCAGAAUAUUUUGCUCUUUUACUGUGUUUUGGGGGACUAUUUUUUCAGACAGGUACCUUGAAGUUUGUUUCUAUAUAGUCUACACUCUAAGAGCAUAUAUAGGACAACCUGUAACGACUGUAAGGAGUGGCUUAUUGAUACGUCUCAUUCCAAACAAGCAUACGACCUACUUUUGUGUGAAAUGCAUUGUUCUAUGAUCCAUUAUUUCUGUUAUUCCAACCGAUUGUUUUCGAGGUUUCACUGCUAAGCCACGUCGAUAAUUUUCCAGUCAGUAAUGUAUUAUAACAGUAAUAAGAUUAAAUUUUCAAUAGUGGCAACAUAUCAGAAAGUUUCCUCACUUCUGGGUUAAAAGCCAUCUGUGUCCAAUAAAACGUCCAAUGUGGUAUCAUUGUAAAUAAACUUGAUUAACCGUAAAGAAUAUCCUAUUGUUAACAUUAUUUUUUUGUCUGUUGAAGCAACAGAAAAAAGGAGUCUUUCUUUACACUAUGCAUUUUUUUACUCAAGGCCCUUUGAUAAAAGAGUUAAGAGAGAAAAUCGUUUAAUAUCUCGCGAAUUGAAUAUGAUUUUGAUAAAUAUUCGUGUGUCCAUCGAGGACCAAUCUGAAUGUGUAUACUUCCACUGAUGAGACAUGAUUGAACCUUAACGCUCUGGUCACUUAUUUACAGUAGCCCUUAAACGGAGGCACAUAAAACUUUAUGACCCCAAUAAACUUUUACAGCACUUCCUCUCACCCAUUAGAUACUGACAACUGUUUCCUUUUUUAACAGAUCGGCGGAAAUUUACACAAACAUUUCAAAGUGACGUUUUGGUACACAGAACUAAAAAAAGAAA